AUGACUAUCGCCAUGGGUUCCUACGCCAACCCCAUCGACAUUGCUGCGCUCAAGCAGACUUACGAGAAUGCCGGCCAGGGCCAGGUCUUCACCUUCUGGGACAAGCUCUCCGAGGACGAGCAGGCCAAGUUCGCCAAGCAGCUCUCCGAGAUCGACGUUGAGCGUGUAAACCGUAUCUACGAGAACGCCAUGGCCGCCGUCGCCGUUGCCCCUCCCCCCAAGCCCGCUGGUAACGAGGCUCCUACUCUGAAGACCUCGGACCAGCCCACUACCCCCACCGCCGACGCUGUAUCACCCCUUCCCCCUACCUCGUGCGCUUCUGCUAUCAACAACGCCGAGGAGGAGGCUCGCUGGCGCUCCACUGGUCUCAAGGCCAUUGCCGACGGCAAGGUCGCUGUCCUCCUCCUCGCCGGAGGACAGGGCACCCGUCUUGGCAGCGCCAACCCCAAGGGCAUGUUCGACAUCUCGCUUCCCUCUGGCCGCACUCUCUUCGAGAUCCAGGCCGCUCGUAUCCGCCGUCUCCGUGAGGUCGUCUCCGAGGCCACUGGCAAGCCCGCUGAGCAGGUCCGCAUCCCCUGGUAUGUGAUGACCUCGGGCCCCACUCGCACCGUCACCGAGGCGUACUUUGAGAAGAAGAACUACUUUGGUGUUCUCCCCGCUCUUUCCAACGAGGGCAAGCUCCUCCUCUCGACCGCUUCCAGCCUCUCGCUCGCUCCGGACGGAAACGGAGGUGUUUACGCCGCCCUCCGCCGCCCCCUCGUCGAGGGCGAGGCCAGGACUGUCAUGUCGGACCUGAAGGACCGUGGCGUCGAGUACAUUCACGGCUACUGCGUUGACAACUGUCUCGUCAAGGUCGCCGACCCUGUCUUCUUCGGUGCCUGCAUUGAGCGUGGUGCCGCCUGUGGUGCCAAGGUCGUCCGCAAGCGCGACCCCGAGGAGCUCGUUGGUGUUGUCGCCCGCAAGGGUGACGGCUACGCCGUUGUCGAGUACUCGGAGCUCCCCAAGGAGAUGUCCGAGCAGCGCGAGGCUGACGGAACCCUGUCCUUCUGGGCCGGCAACAUUGUCAACCACUUCUACACCCGCUCGUUCCUCGAGGAGAUUGAGGGUGUCGAGGCCCGCGCUCCGUUCCACAUUGCGAAGAAGAAGAUCCCCACUGUCGACCUCUCGACCGGCGAGGCCAUCAAGCCCUCGACUCCCAACGGCAUGAAGCUCGAGAUGUUCAUCUUUGACAUCUUCCCCUUCACCCGCGACCUCGUCGUGCUCGAGGUCGACCGUGCCGAGGAGUUCUCUCCUCUGAAGAACGCCUCUGGCGCUCCCUCUGACACCCCCGAGACUUCGCGCCGCGACCUCCUCGCUCAGCAGAGGCGCUGGCUCGAGGCCGCCGGCGCCACCUUCGCCGACGACGUCGAAGUCGAGGUUACCCCCGACACGACCUACGCCGGCGAGGGCCUUGACUUUGUCAAUGGCAAGAAGUUCGUCCGCUCCGGCUUCAUCGCUAAGCCCGAGGACGUCGCCGCCCUUAUCUAA